CGGGCCCCCCUUCAUGCCCGGGCCUGGUACACUUGUCCCCCCCUGAUGGCGGCCCUGUGUGGGACAAUGAAUUUCUUGCCAAUGACCUGAUGUAGCUAAAUAACAACUAACUUCCCUAUAAUUUCCGUAUAACACCACAAAUCCCAGAGUAGUUAAAAGAGAAAACAGAUGAAAAGAAAUAUAGAGGCGAUUUGUGAGCGAUAAUAAAGAAUCACUUGCAGGAAAAUCAGUAAAAACUCCCCCGAGGUUUCUAUGAAAAUGGUAUGAGCCGUGUGUAUAAAAAUCCGCUUGAAGAUACCGAUAGAUACAUUUUCCUUCUACUCCACUGAGCUGCCACGAGGUUCUAAUUAAUGAGAAUGACAAGAAAUAACAGAAGAACUGGACAGUCAGGAAAGGGGUGUGUGUGAGUGACAGCGCAGUGCAGCCAAUCACAGAGAGCAGUGGGCGGAGAGAUGACAGUAAUAGGUAGCGAUAGGUCAGCAGUGGUGUCGCACAUGUAGAAGUGGAAAGAGUAGCAGAACAGAUAAAUACCUGACGCUCUGCUCCUGAGCCGGUGCCGUAAUGGAUGAGUCGCGCCCUGAGAGUGAAGCUGAUCAGUCAGUACCCGGGGAUUCCAGUCCGGCCACUGAGUCCAACGUUACUGAGGCGGAGGAGGAGGAGGCGGAGGAGGAGGAGGAGGAGGGGGAGAGCGGUAGUAGCGGGACUCGUCGGAAUUCUACAGACCGGACUGACCCACUGCUGAUACUGCCGCAGGCACAGUCGGAGGGAACACAUGAAGGACAAAUAAGACAAACUUCCUGCUUACUGACUCGCUUCAAUAGGUACAGACAGAUUUUCUUUCAUAAUUGGAAGAUCAUCAGUAUCCUGGCUGGAGUCAUAUUUUGUUUAGUAGUUGUAAUUUCAGUCGCUGUGCAUUUCUCUAGUACAAACAAUAUAGGAAACGGCAACACAACCACAAAUAUUUCAAGAGAACUUUCACCAAAUUCUAGUUUAUUAACUGUGGAUCUGUAUUGGAAGCCAUGUCAUGGAAUAAAUCUGAAUAUUUCAAACCAAGGAUUGUCCUGGAAGGGAAGCCAAGACUACUGUGCCAAGUUCCAUGCCAGGCUGCUUCAUAGUAACUUUAUCAAGACUAUAGAGGAUUGUAUAAUGGACAAUGACGACUACUGGAUUGGACAGGACUGCAAUUUAACUCAAACAGACUCAAACUGCAACACUUACAGUAAAGAGUUUGGAUUUGUGCCUCUGCAUUUCAGCACAGAGAGACUGUUCAUUUGCACUAAAUAGUGAGACGGCUUUAGAAUGUGUGAGACAAAAUCGGAUAUGUGUAUCUUUGGCAAACUGCAAGAAAGAAGAGACAUCAAUUGGACAAAAUGGUGCAAAGCCGCAAAAAGUUACAGACGCACUGACAGAAUAUAUAGUGGAUAAUGUACCCCCUACUGUAAUUUAUAAAGAUAUUAUGUUACCGAGGAGUUAUGUGACCAUAUAAAAGCACGAGGCCGAAGGCCGAGUGCUUUUAUACAGGUCACAUAACUCCGAGGUGACUUCUAAUAUCUUUUUAAAUAUAGCAGGGGGUACAUUAUUCAUUAUAAUCUACAAAGAUGUCUGGCUCUGUUCUGCCCUUGCCUUCUUGCCUGCCACAGGUGAUGUCAUAGGGGAAAGACCAAGGAAGUAGGGAAACUUAAAUCAGGACUGGAGACUGAGGUGGGAGGGGGAGUGUAAGUUGAGAGGGAGGUUAUGUGAAAAUUGGUGAGAAAGAAUGGAGACAGACCAGAGAGGGGGUUAGACAGAGUGGACACAGAGAUGCAUGGAGUCAAAAGUGAGACUGUGUCAGUGCAAGAUGC